GGCCCGCUUGUUUGACCAAGGAGCCCGCUUCCCAACGGGAUGGACACCCCGGAAGGAGGCCACGGCUGCCAGCCCAUCACCAACCUCCCUCUGCCCCCCCCCAUUCCAUUGCCAGACCCCAAGGCUUUCUGUGUGGCUGUCCCCCCAGGCCUGCCCCUCACUCAAAGCCUGGAUCAAUAAACGAAAGCAUUGUGCACCGCUGCAGGCGUGUGCGCUCAGGGGACGCGAGUGGCUGUGGCGAGCUGAUGCGGGGUCGCCCUGGGGCAGGAAACCCGCCCCCCCACCUCCCCACCACGCCCUGUGACUAGGGCACCAACUUUGGUCACAACUCCAGCCCCCUGGGCUGUGCUCGGAGCCCGGUCUGCCCUGCUCCCUGGUGGGGCCUGGCCUGCGAGUUACAACCUUUGCAGAGUGGGGGUUGGGAGAAACUAGAAGUCUGUGUAGUCCUGAGGGCAGUAACCUUUGCCCUCCGUCUUCAUUGAAGCACGAGACCUUGCCCCGCCCCUUUCCUGGCGCGUGACCUGUGGUGGCUGGGUCCGUUGGGCGGAACCAGGGAGGACAAGAUGUUGAAAGUGAGAGCCCUUCCCGAGGCCAGGGGGCGGCUUCUGGGAGGAGCAGCCAGCCCUGUGGCCCACAGCUGAGCGCCUGGGCCUCCUCUUAGGCCCGGGGCUCCACACACCUCCCACGACCCCCACACCCAGCUGAGCCCUCUGGUCUGGCUUGGGUUCCCUGCCCGCCCGCACCCAGCUCUCAACUCCCUACCACCCUCUCGGAUCCCCUCGUGUGUGUGACCCACAGGCCGUGAGCGAGUCUGGGAUGCGCUGUAGCUCCGACCUGCAGCGCCAGCAGAGCGACAUCCGGAAGAUAUGGACCAAGACGAACCUGUCCCUGCAGGAUGUGGACAUGCUGGGCAAUGACUCGGAGGCCAGUAGCAUAAGUCUCCGGAGGAAGUUCAUGGGCAAGACCCGGGAGGGUGCCGCCGGAGGGCACACUUCCCUGUCCGGUGGUGAGGAUAGCUUUCAGCAGUUGGAUGAAGUGGACGAAUUGGACGAGACGACCCAGGAGGUGCGCCGCGGUCGCUCCCUGGACAGCCUUUUAGGGAGUCCCGACAAAGACGCCAAGAUCGAGGCUGAAAGGACGUCCUCAAUGUCAUCACUCACCAUUUUGAAUCGGACACCUCAUAAGGCCUACUGGGCAGAGCAGCAGAAUAGGCUGCCCCUGCCCCUGAUAGAACUCAUGGAGAGUGAAGUUUUGGAAAUCCUCACCAAGGCCCUCUCGAGCUACAGGUCGGGGAUCGGCUGGAACCACUUCAUGACCAAGCAGCUCCAGCGAAACAUCGAGGAGCUCCGGAAGCGCCGGAACGCGAAGGUGCGCAUCUCAGCGAAAUGAGGGGACAGCCAGACCCCAGCGACCGACCAACUCCUUCCCCAGUCCCCUCGAGUCCGCAGACCCAAGCCCGUCCCUGUGGAAAUCUGAGCCCGAGCUCGAGAGAAAUAAAAGUCUAUGCAUGGUCUGUGA